GAUAAACUUAGGAUGAUGGGCUUGGUGUCAGUUUUGAAUCCUAGGUAUUUUUCUUAUAAGCAUUUGCAACGAGAAGUAAAUCUGAUACUGUUCCUUUCAGUUUUCAUACAGUCUCGGGGUUUUAAAACUUUGAAAUCAAGAACUCGACGUUUACAGUCCACCUCUGAACGAUUGGCAGAGACACAGCAUAUAGCACCAUCAUUUGUGAAGGGGUUCCUGUUGCGGGACAGGGGAUCAGAUGUUGAGAGUUUGGACAAACUCAUGAAAACCAAAAAUAUACCUGAAGCUCACCAAGAUGCAUUUAAAACUGGUUUUGCAGAGGGUUUUCUGAAAGCUCAAGCCCUAACGCAAAAAACCAAUGAUUCUCUGAGACGAACUCGUCUGAUUCUCUUCGUUCUGCUGCUGUUUGGCAUUUAUGGACUCUUAAAAAAUCCAUUUUUAUCUGUCCGCUUCCGGACAACAACGGGGCUUGACUCUGCAGUAGAUCCCGUCCAGAUGAAAAAUGUCACCUUUGAACAUGUUAAAGGAGUGGAGGAAGCUAAACAGGAAUUACAAGAGGUUGUUGAAUUCUUGAAAAAUCCACAAAAAUUUACUGUGCUUGGAGGUAAACUUCCAAAAGGGAUACUUUUAGUUGGACCACCAGGGACAGGAAAGACUCUUCUUGCUCGAGCUGUGGCUGGAGAAGCUGAUGUUCCUUUUUAUUAUGCUUCUGGAUCAGAAUUUGAUGAAAUGUUUGUGGGUGUGGGAGCCAGCCGUAUCAGAAAUCUAUUUAGGGAAGCAAAAGCAAAUGCUCCUUGUGUUAUAUUUAUUGAUGAAUUAGAUUCUGUUGGUGGGAAGCGAAUUGAGUCUCCAAUGCAUCCAUAUUCAAGGCAGACUAUAAAUCAGCUUCUUGCUGAAAUGGAUGGCUUUAAACCCAAUGAAGGAGUUAUCAUAAUAGGAGCCACAAACUUCCCAGAGGCAUUAGAUAAUGCCUUAAUACGUCCUGGUCGUUUUGACAUGCAAGUUACAGUUCCAAGACCAGAUGUAAAAGGUCGAACAGAAAUUUUGAAAUGGUAUCUCAAUAAAAUAAAGUUUGAUCAGUCUGUGGACCCAGAAAUUAUAGCUCGAGGUACUGUUGGCUUUUCUGGAGCAGAGUUGGAGAAUCUUGUGAACCAGGCUGCAUUAAAGGCAGCUGUUGAUGGAAAAGAAAUGGUUACCAUGAAGGAACUAGAGUUUUCCAAAGAUAAAAUUCUAAUGGGGCCUGAACGUAGAAGUGUGGAAAUUGACAAUAAAAACAAAACCAUCACAGCAUAUCAUGAAUCCGGUCAUGCUAUUAUUGCAUAUUACACUAAGGACGCAAUGCCUAUCAACAAAGCUACAAUCAUGCCAAGAGGGCCAACACUUGGACAUGUGUCCCUCUUGCCUGAGAAUGACAGGUGGAACGAAACUAGAGCUCAGCUGCUUGCGCAGAUGGAUGUUAGCAUGGGAGGAAGAGUGGCUGAGGAGCUUAUAUUUGGAACUGACCAUAUCACAACAGGUGCUUCCAGUGAUUUUGAUAAUGCAACCAAAAUUGCAAAGCGGAUGGUUACCAAAUUUGGAAUGAGUGAGAAGCUUGGAGUUAUGACCUACAGUGAUACUGGGAAACUGAGUCCAGAAACUCAAUCUGCUAUUGAACAAGAAAUUAGAAUCCUUCUAAGGGACUCAUAUGAACGAGCGAAACAUAUCUUGAAGACUCAUGCAAAAGAGCAUAAGAAUCUAGCAGAAGCUUUACUAACCUAUGAGACUUUGGAUGCCAAAGAGAUUCAAAUUGUUCUUGAGGGAAAGAAAUUGGAAGUGAGAUGAUAACUCUUAAAAUGGAUGCACUGCUGGUUUUGCUGCAGGAAUAUAUAAGUAGCAUUUCGGUAGUCUGCUUCUGCGAUGCUUUUCUCCCAUUCUUGCCUUGGUAUCACGCAAGAGUGUGAAACACUUUGUCUCUCUUUUGUCACAUUUAAUCUAAUUCUGGUUAUUCUCAUGAUGACACCUAUGGCAAAUUAUCAACCCAUAGCAAAUAUGUUAAAGAAAAUAAAGAACUAUUAGGAUUGGAAACAGCUUGUUUGAGAAAUGUUAAUCAGUUAUUCAGUUGAAAAUAAGUAAUGAUUUUAUGGUUGGUUCCUCUACUAGAUGUGAAUAAAAAUUGUGCCUUUAGCUCUUGGGAAGUACUUUUACUUGGCAACAUAAAAUUAUCGAAGGAUUAUCUUUGUUUUUCGAUAGUACCAUUUAUCGUUGAUGAAGAAAUGCUGCCAUUUGGCUCAAGUGAAGCAUAUUUCUAUAUAGGUCAGUGGAAACUUCAUUAAAAUGCACUUAAUUAUUGUGCUCCCGAUUGUCCAUAUAUAAAAUAGUUCUGUGUUUCUCUGUCUAAGAGAGAAUUGUAAAUGUACAGAUUUAAUCAAAAUUUAAAUGAUUACAACCUCUUAGAAAUGCAGCUUGCAUUUUCAUGGUCUUUUUUUUU